CUUAUCAUCUAGAAUGUCACGUCAUGAGAAGAAGUCAAAACACCACAAGCGAUCGAGGAGCCAAGAACGCAGUACGAAAAAGAAACAUCAUAGGAAACAUUCCAGUUCACCAUCGAGUUCUAGCUCCGAAUCUGAACAUGAUGACAAAUUUCAGUCCGUUCUUGACAAGCAACGGCAGGAGAAGAAACGGUUGAAGAGGUUGGAAAAAGAGAAACUGAAGGAGAAAGAAACUCCGGAAGAAAAGCGUGCUCGACGGUUGGCGAAGAAAUUGAGAAAAGAAGAAAAGAAGAAGAAGGAAAACAACUCUUAUUUGCCUCCUCAGCUGGCUUACACCAACCUAAAUAAUCCAUUCAAUGAUGUAAAUCUAACGGAAACAUUCGUAUGGGAAAAGAAAUUGGAGGUGGAAGGAAAAUCGAGUUACUCUCGGAAGAAGAUCGAGAAGGAAACUCGAGCUCGGGUUGAGAGAAAUCUCCGUGAAAUGGAAGAGUUGAAGCGAACUCGAGAUGCUCGGCUAGCAGCUAGGGAGGAUAUGGAGAUGAUGCAGCGUGAUGCUGACCGAAAAGCGCAUGCUGAAUGGACCAGCAAGGAAGCAGAGUUCCAAUUACAACAGGCCAAGGUGCGGUCGAAGAUUCGGAUAGAGCAAAAUCGAGCAAAACCAAUAGACUUGCUGUCAAGAUACAUCCAGUUUGGUGAAGAGGAUCAGGAUGAAAAGGAUGCAGACAAAGAUGAAUUCGAGCUUGAAGAUCCACUCAAAUACCUCAAAGGACUCAGCCAGGACGAUUAUGAAGAUUUAGUAGAGGAUAUCAAGGUGUAUCGUUCGCUAGAAAAAGAUCGACAUUCCGAAUUUUGGAGAGACGUUCGCUGUGUUGUUGAUGAUGAAUUACGAAAGCUUAGAGAUGACAGAGGGAGAUUGGGCACUUCGAUUCAUGGUUCAGUCCAGCAGGAUGUGGACAAGAUUUUCAAGGGAAAAAGCGUUGACGAGCUUUGUCAGUUGGAAAGGACAAUUGUCAACAAAGUAAAUGCUGGGGGCUCGGGGACAGAUAUCUCUUACUGGGAAGGUUUACUAAUGCAUUUGAAAGUGUACAUAGCUAAGACGCGCUUGAAGGAACUUCAUCAAAAGAUGCUCAAGCUGAAAUUAGCCAGAAUACGCGAAGAGCAGAUGCGGGAGGUUGGAAAGUUUGACUUGGAAGGCCGGACUACUGUCAAAAAACGUUCAUCAUCUGAUAAUGAAGAAGAAGAUAUUGAGAAGAAACUGCGGAGGAAAAUCGACCUUGAUGAGCUUGAGGCAGUAGAGCUUGAUGACGAACAGAAGGAGAUGCGGUGGAAACAUUUGACUCCCGAGCAACUAGAAACAGCUACACUGCAGCUGUAUGAGCGUGGUGGAUAUAGUCCCAUUUACGGCGAUCUCAACAAUGCUAUGCCAGGCAUCGAAAUAUUGGAUGAAGAUGCUGACAUGAAAGAUCUACUGGAGAAAAGGAAGCAGCACCGAAAAGUACCCACAGGUGUUACCAAACUCGAAGCUGAAAUGCUUGCAAUGGCUAGAAAGGGCAUGGGAGGGGACGAGUCAACUUUCUCUGUUGAGCAACCGUUAGAAGCACAGACGCAUUUGUGGUCCGAUAAAUACCGACCGCGAAAACCCACUUACUUGAAUCGUGUUCAAACUGGUUUCGACUGGAAUAAGUAUAAUCAGACCCAUUAUGAUAUGGAUAACCCACCUCCAAAGAUUGUUCAAGGCUACAAAUUCAACAUUUUCUACCCCGACCUUCUGGAUCCUUCGCAAACUCCCUCAUUCACUGUGACGCCUUGUGACGAUCCAGAUUUUGCAGUCAUAAAGUUCAAGGCUGGGCCUCCAUAUGAAGACAUUGCGUUUAAGUGCGUGAAUCGUGAAUGGGAAUUGUGGUUUGUAUUCAAACGAUAUCGUUAUCGUCGGUAAACUUCAUGUUAUAAUGACCAUUAUAAUUUAUCUCAUCACUUUCUUACGGUUGCAUAUUUUCCUCAUUGAUUUCUCAAAGCAACUUCGUUUUUGCAUUCUCAUAUUCUUUGACAUAUACUGUAC